ACUAUGCGAACGCUAUUACAAAGUAUGAAUGUUUGUUUACUGAAAUUUCAAAACUUGAGCCUGAGGCGUAUUUUGUGAAGACGCGUUGACGUGUUCGGAUGGAAAGUCAGAAAUAUUGAAUGAUUAUGUACAUGUGAAGUGCAUGUAAAAAACUACUGAAAUUAGUUAUUUUAAUAAUAAUUACUGAAAAGGUUAGAAUGCUUUACUCAGGAUUUACAUAUGGACUAGUUGAACCACAUACUUUUGGAUACAGAGAGAUAGUUGUAUAUUUCGAAAUGGAUGAGGAUGCAUUGCGUGGGUUGGACCCUCAAGCUAAUCCCCAGCUCCAGGCCAGGGCUUUGCAGUAUUUUGAACAACUGAAAUCAUCUAGGGAUGGAUGGAAGCUAUGUGCUGCAACAUUUACCAAUGGAAACUACUUUGGGAAUGAUCACGUGAGGUUUUUCUGUCUUCAAGUGAUUGGACAUUAUCUGAAGUCAGGGUACAGGGAGGCUAGCAUUGAAGAUCAACAGAGUGUGCGCAGUCUUAUCUGCACCUGUCUUCAGUUAAUGGGAAAUGAGUCAAACCUAGACCGAAGUUUCCUACGUAACAAAGUAGCACAGAUUGCCUCCCUUGCUUUUGCCGUUGACUACCCUCACAGGUGGCCAUCAUUCUUCACUGAUUUAAUUGGAAUUCUGUCUCCAAGUGCCAAGGCUGUAGAUAUAUAUCUCCGAGUGUUGCAAAGCAUAGACAGUGAGGUUGUAGAUAGGGAUAUUGUCCAUACUGAAGAGGAGAUCCAGAGAAACACGGUAAUCAAAGAUGCCAUGCGGGAACAGAGUGUGCUCCAACUGACAGAGACAUGGUACACUAUCCUAACCCAGUUUCAGUCCAGUAAUCCUGAGGUCACUUGCAUGUGCCUUGAUGUCAUAGGAAAGUAUGUCUCCUGGAUUGAUAUCAACCUCAUCGCCAAUGACAAAUUUGUGCAGGUGCUUUUGGAGUUCAUGUCGAUGCCCUUAUUGAGAGAGAGUGCGUGUGAUUGUAUCCUUGACGUCAUUAACAAGGGAAUGGAGCCAGUGGCUAAGACCAAACUUAUUGAGUCCUUCACUUCAAUUCUACAAAACCGGGGCAUCUUCAACAUUCAAGAGGAGGAGGAAGGGGAUUAUAUGGCCAAGCUGUCCAAGCUGAUUAAUGGAAUUGGGGUCAACCUUAUCAUCUGCUGGCAAAAAUUGCAGAAAAUGGAGGACCAAGAAAACAGCUUGGUUACCAUGGCAGCACUGGAGGAGAAAGUGCCACUGAUGUUCCGUUUCCUUAGUAAUGAGGAUGACGAUGUGUCAGGGGCAGUAGCUCCCUUUGUACAGGAGUACAUCAGUUUUCUGAAACAGAUGAAGCAAAUGUCCCCAAAACAAAUAGAAAACAUCCAGGGUCUGUUGUACACAAUUAUAAAGAAGAUGAAAUAUGACGACUCAUAUAAUUUUGACCAUGAGGGUGAGGAGGAAGCCAUGUUUCAGGAGUACCGUAAGCAGCUGAAGAACAUUUUCACAAACCUAGCAGCUCUGGACACUGAGCUGAUCUUGAGAACGGUCCACAACCUGGUGACCCAGACUCUGCCCCGCUGGGAGGCCAUGAAGGUGUGCGACGUGGAGGUGGCCAUCACAAUGCUGUACAUGCUUGGUGAGGCACUACCAAGUUCCCAAAGUCAACAAUUUAACCCUGAUGUUUCCAAAGCCAGUGCUCUACAGGAUAUGAUCAGGAUGCUUAUCACAAGUCGAGUCAGCUGUCAAGGCCAUAUGAUUGUUGAUCUUCAAUUCUUUGAAACUAUCACACGAUAUGAUAAAUUUUUCCUGGCUGAACCUCAACAUAUUCCUGAUGUUCUGAUGGCUUUCACUGAUGAAAGAGGAUUUCGGCAUGGGUCAGCACAGGUCAGAAGUCGAACUUCCUAUCUGUUUUCCAGGUUCAUCAAAGGACUCAAGGGACAAUUAAGCCCUUACAUUGAGGAUGUUCUGAGUCGUAUUCAAGAUUUAUUGAUGCUCAACACACCAGACAAUGGGUACCAGCAUCUCUUGUCAAAUGAGGACCAGUUAUUUAUUUAUGAGACAGCAGGCAGUCUCAUUGUCUCAAGCAAUCUUAUGCCAGAGAGAAAACACCACUUAAUGAAAGAACUCCUUUCGCCUAUUGCCAAUAAGUUUGAGGGCUUGUUGAAGAAGCUUCAGGUGGAAACUAAUGACAAGAGGCAGUACGCGUAUGCACAGAGCAUCAACAUGGCCACAUCACUGGCAAGCCGAGUGAGCAAGGGAUUUUCUAGUCAGCAGACCAUGCAGGCCUGUGGUUGUGUGGAGACGUUCACAGAUCUCCUAAAGAUCUUCCUGCAGGCUGUAAAUGUCCCUGUCUACCGUCAACUGAUUCAGCAGGGGGUCAGGCAGUACCUCCACAGAAUGGUUGUCUGUCUCGAGAAGGAAAUCCUGCCAUUUGUACCCAUCGUUCUGGAAAACCUGCUGAAGCAGCCAGAGGCCAGAGAACUGCAUGAUUUCUUACCACUGAUGAACCAGCUAAUUAUGAAAUUUAAAGGUGCAAUAGUUCCUUUCCUGCAGCAAGUGUUCAUGCCUUUGGUGGGAACCAUCUUUCAAGUCCUGUCAACCCCUACAGAUGACCUUGACCAGGUCACAGCUGUGGAGAAGAAGAUGCUACAAAGGAGUUACUAUUUAUUUUUGUCCACCAUCAUUUCUAAUGACUGUCUGGAUGUUCUCAAAAACCAAGAGAUGAAUAACCUUCAUGACCUACUUUUGACCAUUGUCCAAGGAGCAGCAGACAUUCCAGACCCACAGAGUCAGAAAAUGUGCUACAACAUAAUGCGGAAGUUGAUCGAGACAUGGGGUGGCAACAAUGGAUUGGUGGGGUUUGUGGAUUUUAUGUACAAGAGUUUCCUGCCAGCCUGCUUCCUUGGCCCGAUGAAACCAACUUUUGAUUUAAACGAUGGACAGACUUCAUUGGCUCUGGGAGAAUGUGCUCAUUGUCUGAAGUGUAUGGUUGACAAAAGGGGCCAGGAGUUUUUGACCUACCUGUCCACAGAUUACCUGCCUGUAUUAAAUGUACCAGCUGAAAACAUUCAGGAAUUUUGUGAAGCUUUAAAAACCGACUAUAGAACUUUUAGAACUUAUCUAAAGAAUUUUUUCCUGAAGGCAAAGUCAUGACACAUGGUUGGUGACUGUUAGGAAGAUCAAUGUAGAUAAGGAAUAGUCAUCUCGUCGAUACAAACUGCUUGGUGCCACCAAAAAGAUGUCUGUGUUCUGCAAAGCGAACUGGAGGACUGAACCAAUGGUGACUUGUUUUGUAGUCAUCAGUGAAUCCCCACAUACACUGUGAUGAAAAUGAAGUUGUUCAUUGUUUUAUCAUUUUCAUCGGGGGGGAAAAGUGGUGUUAUACCGUUGUGAUUAUAGUUCAUUCAUACAACACUGAUUUUAAAAAUGAUCAUGUUCAUCUUCUGUUUUAAAGCCAAGCUACAUCCCAUAUGUGUCAUAAUGCUGUGUGACUGUUUGGAUUAUGUGCCCUUGUUGUGUGUUGUGUGUUGAUAUGUGAAUGUUUAAGUAUUAUGUUGGUUAGACCAUUGUCUUAUUUUGCAAUAGAUUUAAUGAGAGGGGAGAAAGAGAGAUGCGAGUUGGUACAUUUUAUAAUUUUGGAUCACACAAAAAGAUGUCACUUUUCUAAUCAAAUAUACUGUUCAAGAAAUCUUGAAAAUAUUUUAUUCAGUUUUAUUUUGAUUUAUUUGUUUUAAAAAAAACCAAACAAAUCAUGAUUUUUUUUUUUUCAUGAUUCUUUCUUUCAGUUUUACAAUAUGCAUAAAAGCAGUGCAUUCAGGGUUACAUAAAUGUUUCUGAUUACUUUCCAGCAAUAUACAUUUUGUGUUACUUUCUCUUUAAUUUGUAUGUGUUACAAAUAGGGUUGUUACUGCUAUUGAUAUUGUUAUCAUUGAAUUUUUUUCUUCUGGUCAAUAAAGCUUGAAACAGUU